CCCCCCCCCCUCUCUCUCUUUCUCUUCUCGGGUUCUUCUCCCCUCCCCGGCUAGCUUCUCCCCCCCGAAGCAUCCUCCAGCGAGUGUAGGUUAGAACCGCAGCGGCAGGCCGAGCGACAGCACCAUUCAUGGAUUAAAGCUCGCCCAGCUCUUUAUUAUCUGCGGCUAGUCCGGCCAGGGCCUCCGCCCCUCCUCUCUCUCUGUUUCUGCUGCAUGUCUCCAUGUCGGCGCCUUUCUCUUGCUUUGGUUAGUUGACAGGCGACGUCUGUUUUUUUUUUUUAUUUCAUUUUUUUUAGAGGCUCACGGUUAGCUAGGGCGUUAGCCUCACACACCGAACCUCACUGAGGAUCGUUGUAGGUAGAGGAAUGCAAAUCUGCAACCAUGAUGGAAGGAUUGAAAAAACGUACCAGGAAGGCCUUUGGUAUACGGAAGAAAGAGAAAGACAAUGACUCUGCGGGGUCCCCAGACAGAGAGGGGGGUGAACCCCAAGAGGUUGAAUCGUCACAAAGAAAGACCAAUGGCGCCCCAAAUGGAUUUUGUGGAGAAAUCGACUGGGACAGAUAUAACUCCCCUGAGGUGGAUGACGAGGGUUACAGCAUCAGACCUGAAGAUGAGGCGGAGAAGCCAAGUUGCCCUAAGACACAUUUCUUCUCCUCCGAUGAGUCAGAAGGAGAGGAGGACCACAGGAAAAAGUUCAAAAUUAAGAUCAAACCCCUCCCGGCUGAUCAAGUUGUGGCAGUGCCCUCGUUUGAAGAGCUCAAAGCCUCCAUAGGCAAUAUUUCUUUAUCCCCAUCUCCUCUGAGACGUAGCCCGGGAUUGAAAAGUAACCCCUCCAGUGAAGAGAUUGUCAGACCGAGACGUGUUGUUCCUUCUGUGCCUACUACGGCCCCCACACCAGCUCCCGCACUCAAAGCCCCUAGCAGUCGUCAAAAUACACCAGCCCCGCAGGACACCACAGAUUUGUUUGGGCCACCUUUGGAAACAGCCUUUGGAGAGCAGAAAGUAGAAGUGGUUCUGUCUGAGACUGACGUGUGGGGGGCUCCACUGUCAGAGCCUGAUUCCUCAAGACCUUUCCCCGCAGGAACUCCACCUCCACUUCCACCCAAGAAUGUCCCAACAUCUCCCUUGGCUACAGUACCUGCCUCUCCAGAUGACACUGAUGUAUCAACAGAAGCAGAGAACGCCACAAAACAGCCAUCCAUGGCUGACUUGGAUAACAUAUUUGGACCAGAGCAGGCUCCCCCUGUCAUUGAGGAUGCCAAUGACACGUGGGUCUGCUUCAGUGAAAAGUCUUCUGAUCGGCCACCUCUACCAAAGGAACCCGUACCUCUACUUCCCUCUUCCCCACUUCUGGAGGAAACAGCACAUCCCUUGCAAUCUCCUCCCCCGCCGCCUGAAUCUCCUGCCCCGCUAUUACCUGCUAUGUCACCACCUCCUUCUGAAAACACUUCAUCAGAUAUGCCUAAAUCUCCUUCAACAAAAGAAGUUCCCAUUGCUUCUCUACCCGCUUCCCCGCCUCCCUCAGAGGAGCCUACUGCACCAUCUAUUCCCAUUGUGCAUUCUAAACCUGAAGACCGAAAUCCACUCUCUCCAUCCACUUCCUCACUUCCUUCACCAAAGGAGCUUGCAUUUUCAUUUGCUUCCACUCAUCCCCCUGUUGAUUCACAUAUCAGCAUCCCAACACCUCCCAAAUCAAGCACGCCUCCUGUGGUGACGUCACCUGUUGAGGAAACAGCGGCACGCUGUAUUUCACCAAUCCAGUCAAAAGAUACAGAUGUCACACAACCUAAAGAAGAUGAAGGUGAAAUUGCCACCUCGCCUAAAGAUGCAAAUCAGGGGAACAGAAGUACACCUCCACCGCCCCCUCCUCCUACGUACCGGGCAGUGGUGUCAUCACCAGGUCCAACAUCAGGAGCUGGUGGGAUGAAAAGUGGUUCUUCUUCUCCUGUACGGCCUUCUACUCCUUCAACAGUCAACCCCACGCCGCCUGCUCCUCCGCCCCGUCCCCCUUCAAGACCCAAACUUCCUCCUGGAAAACCAACUGCAGGAGAUAUUAAUCGGCCAUUUAGUCCACCGGUCCAUGCGGCCAGCCCACCUCCUGUUGCUCCUUUGGCACGCGCAGAGAGCACCUCCUCCAUUUCCUCAACCAACUCCCUCAGUGCUGCCACCACUCCCACUGUCAGUAAAGACCUCUCUGUGUCAGAAAAUGACCAGCCAUCCCUUGUAUGGUUUGACAGAGGGAAGUUUUAUUUAACCUUCGAAGGUUGCUCAAGAGGGCCAAGUCCUCUCACCAUGGGGGCUCAGGACACACUGCCUGUGGCUGCUGCAUUCACCGAGACGGUCAAUGCCUUUUUUAAAGGGGCCGACCCCAGCAAAUGUGUUGUGAAGAUCAUAGGUGAGAUGGUUUUGUCGUUUCCAGCGGGAAUCACACGGCACUUUGCCAAUAACCCGUCCCCCGCUGUGCUAACCUUCAGCAUAACCAACUACAGUCGACUGGAGCAUGUGCUGCCUAACCCCCAGCUGCUCUGCUGUGACACUACAACACAAGCCAAGGCUGACGCUAAGGACUUUUGGGUGAACAUGCCAAACCUUAUAGCUCAUUUGAAGAAGGUGUCUGAACAGAAGCCGCAAGCCACAUACUAUAAUGUGGACAUGCUGAAAUAUCAGGUGAAAGUUUCCGUGCAGGGCCCCGUGUCCACUCCCUUGAACCUGGCAGUGAGCUGGAGGUGUGAUCACACCAGCACAGACCUGAGAAUAGACUACAAGUAUAACGGCGAAGCCAUGUCAACGCCAAUGGCACUUAAUAACGUCCAGUUUCUUGUCCCAGUUGACGGAGGCGUUACCAAACUGCAAGCCGUGUUACCCCCUGCUGCUUGGAAUGCAGAGCAACAAAGAAUCUUAUGGAAGAUUCCAGAUAUCUCACAAAAAUCUGAAAAUGGAGGUGUGGGGUCUUUGUUAGCUCGCUUCCAGCUAACAGAAGGCCCAAGUAAACCAGCUCCAUUGGCUGUGCAGUUCACCAGUGAAGGCACCACCCUGUCGGGCUGUGAUAUUGAACUGGCUGGGCCCGGGUAUCGCUUCUCACUUAUCAAGAAAAGGUUUGCUGCCGGAAAGUACCUGGCGGAUAACUAACGUAAAAAAGGAGACUGAGGAUGACGCAGAGGACAGACAAACAUCUCCAUUCACCUGUGCAGGACCACAUCUUACCUACUCAGCAGUAUUGUGAAACUUUCAAUUGCAUCGUGGAACAGUUUUAGGUCGUGUAACAACCGUAUUUGUUUUUUGUUUCAUAACAUCUGAAUUGCUUCCGUUCCACUCUUGAACUCUUUCCUCCUUUUUUUUUUUUUGUUUUUUUUGUUUUUUGAAGUCUGUGCCUCUGGUCAAAGGUGUGGUGAUAUUUCACUGCAGCUGCCUGACCAGCGAGGUCCAGCCAUGUUCUCCUGUGGAUGUAGUGCUGUUUGCUGUAUACAAACUUCAACAAGUUUGCUUGGGUAUUAUUCUAGUCUAAAAGGGUUCUCUAUCAACGUGAGUCACAUAUUAGCACAUAACAAAGUCGUCAGCGCUAAAUACAGAUAUAGGUGGGGAACCACUGUUCUUCAGCUGAUUUAGUUUGACGUCAAUGCUUGUGUUUAAAAAGAAAAAAAAAACGUGUUUUUUCCUGACUCAUCCACUGGUUCGACAGGGUCCUAGCACCUUUGAAUCACGUCGAUGUAUUAUUUUCUAUAUAAAUGCACUGAGCAGACGUUUUAACUGCUAUUUCUUUGUUUUUUUUAAGCCGGUAGGCAGCUGCAAUGAUGAACGAGUCUACUGCUAAUGAAACAAGGAAACCUGUUGAGAAGAAUUAAGUGUAUAAAGUGUCAUUUUAAAUUAAUAAUAUAUAUCUUAAAGGGCGUUUGGUGUUCUCCUUGUAUUGUCAGGCAGCCUUUCUGUUGUCGUCCAUGACAGCAGCGUUAACUCCAGACACCACGACAGCAUACUAUUUUUUAUUAUUAUUAUUAAUGAAAUGAUUUGUUGUAUAAAAUAUGAUUCUGUAUAUGUAUAGAAAUUCAAUGGUAUCACACAACUCUGAACCCUUAAAGGUAUAAAUAUUUCUUUUUUUGUUUGUUUGUUUAUGUGUAGUUGAGUAAACGUGUACAGUAAAACGUAUAUAUUUUUUUUCAAUUUAUUUCAGGUAUUUUUUUUUUUUUUAAUUCAAGUGCAAAAUAAGUUUUUGAGCUAUAUAUAGAUAUAUAUGGGUGGGGUCGGGUAACUUAAAAAAGAUGAAUAUCAUCCUGGAUGCUGUGUUUUGCUUUGUGAAAGCAGUGUUGAUGUAGACCACAUUGAAAUGCAAAUUUACUUUCAUGCUGGAAGUUAGCUGAGCGCAUCUGUGCCAUUUUUAUGGCUCCAUACACCUGUCAAUCACUAAUCCACUCAUACGAGACAUGACGGUACAGUAGAUCCCUGCCUAUACGUGGUUAGGCAUUCUUAAAUUGUAACGAGUAAUGGGUGACUGAUUUCCUUUUUUUUCCGUUUUCGCACCUCUUUGAAAAAGCUCCAGAGCUAGAGCUGCAGGUUGCUGACCCCCGAGCUAAGUGAUUCUUUGGCGUACAAUUAGAUAGAGCCUGCGUACCACUACCACAGUCUGACAAUCGAAAGCAUAACAAUUAGUCCAGAGACAGCUCUUAACUCAAAACACUCUUAAAUUGGGGCACUCUUAAUUUGAGGUAUUACUGUACUACGGUGGUAUUGAUUUUUUUUUAGUUCAUCCAUCCAUCCAUUUUCUACCGCUUGUCCCGUUCGGGGUCGCGGGGGUUGCUGGAACCCAUCUCAGCUACACAGGGGCGGAAGGCGGCGUACACCCCGGACAAGUCGCCCGCUUAUCGCAGGGCCAACAUAGAUAGAUACAUAUAUAUACACAUCGUUAGCUGACUUUUAUGUAUGUUUAUUUACAAGUUAGAAUGCAUCAAAAAUACAGACAUGUGUUCUUGUCUCUAAAAAAGAUUGAGAAUGAUAGUGAAGUUCCCCUUUAAGGCAAGUGUAAACCUUGUUUAAUUCAUUUUUACAUGUUUGCGUUGGUAAAAAAUAGGGAAACCUUUCACAUUUGAACCAAUACAUUACCAGUUCCAAUUUGUGCAAAGUGUAACAAGCUUCUAAGUUUUAGUUUUUAUUACUAAAUUAAAAGGUGUUGGAAUUGCCAAUUCUAAUCAAUAGCAUGUAAAUGGCAUAUCUAAGUAGAUUAGCAUCAAGCUAGCACAUUUUGAAAAGUGGAGCCUUACUUUAGAACGCUUUCUGUUAACAAUUGGAGUUGACCACAUUCAACCAUUUUAUUGUUUGGAAAAGCAGCACGGUGGUACAGGGGUUAGUGCAUGCGCAACCCGAGGGUCCCUGGUUCAAUCCCCACCUGGUACCAACCUCGUCACGUCCGUUGUGUCCUGAGCAAGACACUUCACCCUUGCUCCUGAUGGGUGCUGGUUAGCGCCUUGCAUGGCAGCUCCCUCCAUCAGUGUGUGAAUGUGUGUGUGAAUGGGUAAAUGUGGAAGUAGUGUCAAAGCGCUUUGAGUACCUUGAAGGUAGAAAAGCGCUAUACAAGUACAACCCAUUUAUCAUUUAUUUUAUUUACAAUACAAAGGUCCUGAGUAGUCCUGGGUUCAAUCCCAGGCUCGGGAUCUUUCUGUGUUUAGUUUGCAUGAUUUCCCCGUGACUGCGUGGGUUCCCUCCGGGUACUCCGGCUUCCUCCCACCGCCAAAAACAUGCACCUGGGGAUAGGUUGAUUGGCAACACUAAAUUGGCCCUAGUGUGUGAAUGUGAAUGUGAAUGUUGUCUGUCUAUCUGUGUUGGCCCUGUGAUGAGGUGGCGACUUGUCCAGGGUGUACCCUGCCUUCCGCCCGAAUGCAGCUGAGUUAGGCUCCAGUACCCCCCGCCACCCCAAAAGGGACAAGCAGUAGAAAAUCAAUCAAUCAAUCAAUCAAUCAAUGUUUAUUUAUAUAGCCCCAAAUCACAAAUGUUUCAAAGGACUGUACAAACCAUUACGACUACAACAUCCUCGGAAGAACCCACAAAAGGGCAAGGAAAACUCACACCCAGUGGGCAGGGAGAAUUCACAUCCAGUGGGACGCCAGUGACAAUGCUGACUAUGAGAAACCCCCUCUAGGGGACCGAAAGCAAUGGAUGUCGAGCUGGUCUAACAUGAUACUGUGAAAGUUCAAUCCAUAGUGGCUCCAACACAGCCGCGAGAGUUCAGUUCAAGCGGAUCCAAGACAGCAGCGAGAGUCCCGUCCACAGGAGACCAUCUCAAGCGGAGGCGGAUCAGCAGCGUAGAGAUGUCCCCAACCGAUACAGGCGAGCGGUCCAUCCUGGUUCCCGACGAGCGGUCCAUCCUUGGUCUCGACUCUGGACAGCCAGUACUUCAUCCAUGGUCAUCGGACCGGACCCCCUCCACAAGGGAGGGGGGGACAUAGGAGAAAGAAAAGAAGCGGCAGAUCAACUGGUCUAAAAAGGAGGUCUAUUUAAAGGCUAAAGUAUACAGAUGAGUUUUAAGGUGAGACUUAAAUGCUUCUACUGAGGUGGCAUCUCGAACUGUUACCGGGAGGGCAUUCCAGAGUACUGGAGCCCGAACGGAAAACGCUCUAUAGCCCGCAGACUUUUUUUGGGCUCUAGGAAUCACUAAUAAGGCGGAGUCUUUUGAACGCAGAUUUCUUGCCGGGACAUACGGUACAAUACAAUCGGCAAGAUAGGCUGGAGCUAGACCGUGUAGUAUUUUAUACGUAAUUAGUAAAACCUUAAAGUCACAUCUUAAGUGCACAGGAAGCCAGUGCAGGCGUAAUAUGAUCAAACUUUGGAUUGAUGGAUGGAUGGAUUGUUUGGAAACAGCUUGUAAAAAAAAAAACGUAAAAUAUGCUUUAAAAACAUCUGCAAUAGAGUGAAGCUGCAAAUUGGUAUUAGAAAUAGUUGUUUUAAUGGGCGUGUUUUUUCCACCAUUUUUGUGGGUUCUUUGAAUGCAAUCCCGGCGAAUAUCAUGGAUCUGCUGUACCGGCUUUCAUCAAACAUGUACAAGCUUCUGCCCUUUUCAAAGUUUCACAUCCUCAACAUCUGCAUAAUCUGUUUUUAAACAUAACCCGUGUCACACACUCCCUCCCAAAGUCCCCCCAAAAUUCCAUUCCCCGGUCCUUCAACCAGCGCUGGAGUCCAUAGCUUUAUUUUGCAUCAUUGUAAUAAUGGUCUCUGUGAGAUGACAUGAUGAGGUUCUGGAGCGAGGUUAAGCUGACCAAAAUGCUUUUUUUGUGUGUAUGACUUAAUGUGCGUGUGCCCUGUCCUUUGACCCUGUGAAUGAGGAUAAGCUGAGUAUUUUUAAAACUGACGUAAAAAAAAAAAUGCAAAUAUUUUAUUGUUAAUUGUGCGAGGGGGGGACGACAACAAGUGUGCUAAUGUCUAUUUUUCCCAGAUGCCAACAUGAAGUUUGUAUGUGAAGUGGAGGAGGAGGAGGAGGAGGAGUCACACCCCCCCAACCCUGGUACUGUCUUGUCAAUAUUGUGUUCAAUAAAUCCAAACAUAGUCUUGUAAGGUCUGUUGUAGAAGCAUCUUAAACUAAGCAAGGAAGCCAUUAUCCCUUUCCUUAUAAUGUCCUGUUGCAACACUUCCUUCGCCCGACAGGAAGUCAAAACCGUCACACAACGGUGACUACAGACAUUUCUUAUUUCCCAAGGCCCAUUGCAUCGGUCACCGGUCGUCUCCGGCAUCCAUCCUUUUAAUAUAGAAACUUUUCCUCCGGCUCAUUUCUGUAGUGAAUGUGUCCUGCAGUAAUUGCUGAUUGCUUGUAGAGCAUGCAGAAGAAGCAGGGGAGCCUCUACCUAACCUUUUACUUGAUGUGCUGUGCUGUGUACUCACUCACCUGUAUUGAUGUGGACCACAACAACCGUCUUGUUUUUUUUAUCCCUGUGCUGUGAGUAAGACGGCUUUAACAUCCGACGCCAUGCAAGAUCAAUGCUAAAAUGGAUUCAGAAACUUAGUUCGCUUCCUUCCAAAUCCAAUAAAAAUUAAUUGACUCUA